AUGGAUGAGGCGGGGCGACGGAGUGACUCGAAGGACCGAAUGGACUCCAAUGGUCGGGUGGGGGAGCCGAGUCGGGUGGGGGAGCCGAGUCGGGUGGGGGAGCCGGGUUGGGUGGGGGAGCCGGGUCGGAUGGCAUUGAUAUUCCUGGGUGAUGCAUUGAUGAUUAGUAGAACCAUCUCUACAUCUUCCUUGGAAGCACAAGCAGCCCUCAAGAGAGACACCAGGGCGACAUUGCUCUCGGGAGGUCGUCGGAGGAUCCGAGCCGACCGCAUUGGAGAGGAGAAGGACGUCAUCCGUCUCCGAUUCCUUGCGAGGUACAUCUACAGGAACAGCUGA